UAAAAGGGACCUUUGGGGAAAUUGACAAUCUAAGGACGUGUAGGAGGGACUUUGGCGGCUGGAUUGGAGUUUUGCGGCGGUAGUGAAGCUUUUGAGAGAGAAAAUGGACUGUUCCAUUUGCACAGCGCUGCCUUACAUUUUGAGGCCUCCAAGAAACACAAUAUGCGCAGCCUGCUACGAAGGAGCAAAAAGCAUAAUCUCGUUGACCAACAAACUUGAAAAUGAUAAACCCACCAACAAUAAUCUUCUUUCCUCAUCAAAUUCCAAUAAGGGAUUUGCAAAUGCUCUGAAAUGGGUGAAGGAGAUGAAGGAAACGGAGGAGGAGCUAAAUGAGAAGAUCAGUUAUUUAAGUGGAUUUGCAGCCGCUUUGAGGGAUCAAAUCCACACUGAUAUUCAAAUCAUGCCCGGAAACAAUGAGCCUCCUAUACCCGCUCAUAGAGCAUUAUUGGCAGCGAGAUCGGCAAUAUUUCGAAACGUGUUGGAUUCGGACGAAUGCAAAGCUCCGGCGAAUGAAACGAUAAUGCUUGCUGAGCUGAAUCACGAAGAAGUAGAAUCCCUACUUGAGUUUUUGUACAGUGGAAGCCUUCCGAAAGAGAAGGUGGAGAAACAUGUGUAUUCGCUGUCGAUUGCUGCAGACAAAUACGAGAUCCCAUUCCUGCACAAGUUUUGCGAGGAUCACAUGCUUGCCUCUCUCAAUUCAUCCAACGCUCUCGAUAUCUUGGAGAUAUCCCACACUUGCUCCAACCAAAACCUAAGAGAAACAGCCCUCAACUUCAUUGUUAGAAAUAUGGAAGAUAUAGUUUUCUCACCGCGCUUUGAUGCCUUCGCGCUCAAGAAUCCUCAUCUAACUGUACACAUCACCAGGGCAUCCUUCAUGGAUAUUCGAAAUAGAAAGACUAGUGCUGUUUGACCUUUCAUCCAUCCACUUGCUACCUCUCUUAAUUAUUCUUUUUUCUCAUUA